ACCAAUAGAAUGCGGAUAGCUCUGUUGGAAUGGCUGUCAUAAUUUGGAGCAUUUUAUAUCCUUAACUUUUUAGUGUAAUUUAAGGUCAGUUUAAGUUGUCACCUUGUAAAGGAAGAAAUUCUUUAGAGCAAAUAACUUUAUUUAACAAAUAGCCACAAUGGAUAAGGUAAUUUGCUCUUUGUUAAUCAGAAGUAAUCGAAUGAAAUGGACCGAAAGUAUUGUUAAAAAUGGCUACAAAACUUGUGUCAAAAGAUUUCAUAUUUCAUCAAGACGUGAUACAGAACUUACGAGCGUGCGUUAUCCGAAAUUGAAAAGGGGCAAUUAUUCCAAGGUGACUGAUGCAGAUGUUGCAAUGUUUGAAAGGAUUUUACCAGGUGCUGAAAGAGUUAUAACUGAACCAUCAGAAUUAGAGGGUUACAACACAGAUUGGAUUAAGAACUGCAGAGGAGCUAGUCAACUUUUACUUAAACCAAAGACCACAGAUGACAUGUCAGCAAUAUUGAAAGUGUGUAAUGAAAGAAACUUGGCUGUAGUACCGCAGGGUGGAAAUACAGGUCUGGUUGGAGGUAGUGUUCCUGUGUUUGAUGAAGUUAUUAUAUCAACGCAACAAAUGAAUGAAAUAAUUAGUUUAGACACUCUCUCAGGUAUAUUAAUGUGUCAAGCUGGUUGUAUCCUUGGCAACUUAGACAACUAUGUCUCAGAACACAACCUAACUAUGCCAAUAGACUUGGGUGCCAAGGGCAGCUGCCAUAUUGGAGGUAACCUAGCAACCAAUGCCGGUGGUUUACGGUUGUUGAGAUACGGAUCUCUACAUGGAAGUGUCCUAGGUUUAGAGGCAGUAUUACCUGAUGGUGAAGUUUUGGACUGCAUGUCAUCAUUAAGGAAAGAUAACACAGGAUAUGAUGUCAAACAGCUAUUUAUAGGUUCAGAGGGAACACUGGGUAUUAUCACCAAGGCAGCCAUAUUGUGCCCACAAAAACCUCAGGCUGUCAAUGUAGCAUUUCUUGGUGUGGACAGUUUUUCCAGAGUACUUGAAGUUUUUAAAGAAACGAAGAAAAACUUAGCAGAGAUUUUGUCGGCAUUUGAAUUUCUGGAUGCAGAAUCUCUUCGAGUUGGUACAGACAAUCUAAAACUGACAAGUCCAAUCUCUGAUCAUCCUUUCUAUGUCCUUAUAGAAACAUCAGGUUCAAACAGUGCCCAUGACGAAGAGAAGCUGACCAAGUUUCUAGAAUCUAUGAUGGAAUCUGGUAAAGUUUUGGAUGGUACUGUAGCUGCUGAAAACUCAAAAAUACAGCAUAUAUGGAAUUUAAGGGAACGUGUUGCAGAAGGUUUGAUGCAUGAUGGAUACUGCUAUAAGUACGACGUGUCAUUGCCAUUGGAGAACUUUUAUGGUCUGGUCAGUGAUAUGAGGGACAGGUUAGGUGACAAGGUCACUCGAGUUGUCGGAUAUGGCCAUGUUGGUGAUGGCAAUUUGCAUCUGAAUGCGACAACACCAGAGUAUAAUACAGAAGUCAUGGAGUUAAUUGAACCAUUUAUUUAUGACUGGGUGGCAAAAUACAGGGGAAGUAUAAGUGCUGAACAUGGUUUAGGUUUCAAGAAAAGACAAUUUAUCUAUCACAGCAAGUCACGGUCAGCAGUCACGGUCAUGAAGAAUAUUAAAGGAAUAUUUGACCCUAAGGGAAUUAUGAAUCCCUAUAAGACUUUACCUGAUGAUUAGCAUAAACAGUCUCACCUAGAAGGGAUACAGCACAAAGUUUGAAAUCUGUUUUAUAAUUUUAAUAAUCAUUACCUUGACCUGGUUUUGGAAUAACUUAUGUACAGUCAAACAUGUGUUAAAGACCACCUGUGAACAGAGACCACCUGGCUCGAAAGACCAUGUGUUUUGUUUCCCAUUGAACAUUUACAGUGUAUUUUAACCUGUAAAUAAAGACCACCUCCCACUCUCCCUAUGGGUGGUCUUUAUAGACAGGUUUGACUGUAUUCACUAUCCUACCCUUGAAUGAUUGUAAGAAGCGACUUGGAGGGUCUGGACACUUCACUUUGCUGUAUCUUUGUGUUUCCAGCAGGAAUAAAAAAAAAAUUGAUUCCAUAUUUUUCGAUGUUAAGGAGAUAGAGACAUAAAUUUCUUGUCUGGUUUGGUGCCAUAUAUCAUUCACUGUGUUGGCGUGCCUUAAAACCCAAGUCAGUCGGUAUAUUUAUUCCAGAGUAUUCUAGUCAUAGUGACAGCUGUUGUUUAUAUAAUUGUUCAUGAUUUUACACCUAGCAGAUCUGUGAUAAUUGUAUGUAUUAAUCAAAUGAUGCAAAUUUAAGUGAUUGUAUAGGUAUGCGUAUUAAUUUGAAUAAAUAUAAAUGAAUCAUGAAUAAGUUUA